CAGAGCGCUGCUGAUUUAAAUGGAUCACAGCGCCACCUUGUGUACUUGCGAAAAAGAAAAGAAGGCGCUCAAGUUGGUAUUUUGUCCCGCCAGCGUAUCUCUGCUAGUCUGAGAACCUGAACGCACAAGACCAGCUCAUCUCUUCUGCAGGGUGUUCAGUAUAAUGCAGGAGCUUGAACUGAGGAAUGUGAAACUCCAAGCUGGAGACAAGCUGCAUGUGGAAGGAACGGUUCAUGAAGACGCAGAGAGGUUCCAGAUUGACAUGGGCACUGACCCCGAAGAUCUGUCCCUGCACUUUAAUCCCCGUUUCCAUGAUGAAACUGAUGGGAGGGUCAUCGUGUGCAAUUCCAAGUGUGAAGGCAGCUGGGGCUCCGAGCAGAGAGAGACCCACAACCCCUUCCAUAGAGGGGCAAAGGUCAAGGUGACCGUAAAGCUGAUGGAGGCAGGCUUUGAGGUGGAGCUACCUGAAGGACAGGAGAUACACUUCCCUGACCGCCGUGGCCUGGAAGCAGUGACCUACGUUCGGGUCAGAGGUCACCUCAAUCUCAGCUGUUUCAAGAUAUACUGAAGAGCUGACCAAUCAGUUUUGGCUCUGAGUCGAGUAUGACUGCUGGAUGCAAACAUGCUGAGGCAGGCAGGUGAUGGGGCCACACUGAUAUUUUCUUGACUGUGUGGCCACAUAAAAUUGCAUUGUCGGUACCUGCCCUGAUUAAUAGUUCCUCCAGCAAAUAAAUAAAAAUUCUAUUUCAAAUCCAAA